UCUGCAGUCGACUUCGUCACAGCUUGACCAUGGUGUCAAGGAAUUUUUUUAAACUGCACCAGUUUGUAGCGAAGCUCCUCUCCCACGAUCUCACGUGCUCAUACGCUGUGUUCCUGGAGCGCAUACAAGACAUGCAUUUUUUUCAGUCAACUCAACCACAACAGGUGCUGCGCCAACGCACCCGACGACACACAAAAACGGCGCUUGGAAGUUCCAAGUUUCAGCGAAAUUCCUCCGAUUUGUGGUGAUCUAGAACUUUUCCUCCGAUUAAUUUAGCCUAUUUUCGAGUGCAUUUGAUAUUGAAAACCUUCUGUUUCAAGAUUGUGUUCAGCUUGAUGAAAUACGUUUUCAGAGACCCUUUGCCUGAAGUCACUGACCCUCCAUCUCCAGAGGAUGCCCCAACACCACACCCGACCUGAAGACAAUAUAAAAUGGUUUAUGCAGAGCGUGUGUCAGUGCUGUGACUGGAUCCAACACCACUUCGGUCACUUGAGCGCAGAAUACCUUUCCCAGCUGGAGCAGAUGGGAGGAGAUAUCACAAAGCAGAAUGCCCCUGUCCUUUUCCCAACAUCACUUUACAGACACAUAUAUGAUGCCGAGUUUGAGGACAAAGUCAGAUUCCUGAACGAGACCAUCUAUCAAAUCAUAAAACUGUUUGAUGGGAAUAGGAAUAGGAAGUCAGUCACCUGGGACAAGAAACACCUGGACGAUUUCCUCAACAUUCUCGAACGCCAAUUUGAGAACCUUAGUUCCUGUGUAUCACCUGCCGUGAAACCUGAGAAGAGACUGAAACGGUACUUCAGGAAUUUGAAUAGAAAAGUUCUGAGAAAAAUGAACUACAGUGCAGAGGCGUGGGAGCUCAUCAGGAAAGAGACAAAACGUCAUCUGCAAAGAUUGGAUAUCCUUGUGGGACAGAUGUACUGAGCAUCCAUACUCAUCUCAGACGUUUCCCACUUACCAGUUUAUAAAGCAUGAAUACAAUCAUGUAUGACCCUGUUAGUUUAUUUAUUAUAUUUAAAUACGUAAAUUAUUGUUUUUUAUUUUCAUAAAUUAUUAUUUAUAUUUUGUAUUUCUCUUUUGUACCUGUAUUGAACUGAAACGUAUUGCCUGUGCACUUGAAAAUCAAUGAAAAAAGAAUAUUGAAAUUGUGAAUAAAAACUUAUUGUG